AUGCCGCACGACUACUCAGCUGAUGUGUGUGGGAUCGUCCUAUACACCCUCUUCUUUGGACUUGUAUGCAUCCGGACUCGCCCUUUCCUGACGGAUCGGCGUUCUUUAUCGUCGACAGACCGCAUCAAGCUGGCGUUCCACGUGUGCAUCAACACCUCGGCUCUGCUCGAAAUCGUGCACUACGCAAUCGAGCUUGCCUUUCGGGGCUCGGUGCUGUCCGGCUACGCUUGCCACCUGGUUGGGCUGUGGCUGAGUCUGGUAUCGUUCAGCCUUGUUAUCGUCCUCUGGAGCAACACGCUUCACCCGCCGGCUGCUGCCAGACAACAGCAGAGAAACGCUCAGGGGGGCACCGCGGCGAACGGCGGCGGCAGCGAUGAUGAGCCGGCCGGAUGGAGGUGCUGCGGAAAGACGAGGAUAUCGAUUGCCGCCAAGUUCGUGUGCGCGAUCGAUGCCAUCGUGGCCCUCGCGACGGUGGUGGUGCUUUGGACCGGAAGCGUUCCCGCGUACUCCCGCCCCUACCUUAUCCUGAUGGUCACCCACAGCGUGACGCUUUUCCUCUUGGCCUCGUGGCUUGUGCUGUACGGCAUCCGCCUGCAAAGACGCGUCAUGGGCCACCCGAGGUGGGAGCCGCUCGAUCGUCGGCAACGGCUGAAGAUCCUGUGCCGCAUCAACGGAGUCCUUGUGGUUUGCGCGGCUUGUUUCCUCGUGCGCGUGGCCGUGCUGUCGUCGGCCCUGUUCGUGCGCUCCCGGCACAGGGCGGAGGACAUGAACAGGCUGCUGUUUGAAGUGUUGGCGAGGUGGGUGUCCGGGCUGAUCCCCGGGGUGGCCCUCCUCCACAUCAUGUGCAAAACCAAGAAGCCCGGGGAAGAUCGGCCGCCGCCGGAUCAGAUGAGGCUUAGCGUGGUCAACGAGGACCAACCGUUGAACGAGCCGCUUCUCCCGACACACCACGGGGGGGGAGGCUACGUCAGCAUGGCCAAGAAGAAGCCUAACGGCAGCGCCGGCCGAGGGACGUCGUCGAACAGCCGUAGCGGGGAACGGGUAGGGAGAAGGGGCGGAGCGGGAGGGGCGGACGGGGGGCAGGCGGCUGGGAAUGAAGAAGGGAACGACAGCUUUGCGUACCAGAUUGUGAGGUCUCAGAGGGAGAGGACAGAAACGACCAUCUGA